GUGGAGACCGAGGGCGAGAUCCUUUGGGACUCCCUGGGUGAAAGCCACCAGGCCGCCAAGAAGGGCAGCACGUUAUGCUGGAAGGCAAUGCUGAAGGCUUCCAGGUCCGGGCUGCAACUCGAGGAAGCUUUUGCCAGCUCAGCAGAUUCCAAUGGCCCAGAAACCGGAGAUUUCAACAUCUUCCAGGACAUUGGCUGGCACCGCCGGGCCAUUGCCCGGAGCCAAUCCGUGUCCGGCUUCCUGAUUCUGCCCAGCUUCUCUGGCCUUGUGGCAGCCUUCCUCGUGGCAUCCCUAUUCCAUGCCGCUGGCUACGCGUGCUCCAAGGGCCAGCUGGCCGAUCUGAAGUUGGCGACGGACGUUCACCGCCUGCAUUUCCAGCCCCAUCAACAGAAAUAUGUGGUGCACAUGGACACUUCCUUCAAGCAGGUGGUCUUGCAGGGCAUGGUCUCGGCGUCACAAACCCGGUGGAUGUCGCUGCAGCAGCCCAACACAGCCAGUCGGGUAGGAACGGCUCGGGUGCAACUCAUCGACGAAGAGAGCUUCGGCCAAGAGGAGAUACAUCUGUCGCAAGCUGUGAUCCCUCGGAUCUCGACCGUCCGAGUGCAAGGCCUCCGUCCCUCCCUGCCUGCUGCGGACGUCGGCGAGGGGGAGGUGGCGAGCGUUCCGAAGGUCCUCUCUGCGUCGGCGGAUGCGCUGUGUGAGCUUCUGCAGAAAGGUUGCGACGUCUGUGAUCUGGUGGCCGACGGGCUGGGGGCCUGCCGAGAUUCAGAGCGGUGGUGUCAGCUGAACCAUUUUCGGGAGGCUCCUCCACUCUCCGCCGAGGGCAGGGUGCAGGUGCUGGCCUGUGGGCUCCAAGCCAAGCUGAACGGGUGCGGUGUUGAUGACUGGAGCUAUCAGCGAGGGCACUUGGUGAAUGGUUAUGAGAAGGUUCCCAACUCCAGCAUACCACUUCAAACCUUGGCGAACAAAGCUGCAGCCCUGGGCGAGAUAGGAAGCAAGCUGCUGACGCACCUCCUCGGCACGGCGAGCAGCGAGGAGAAAGCGGCAUCCUUCCGCAGCGAUUUGACUGAGGCCAUCUGGAAAGUUCCCGGAAAACUUGGAGCUAGCUUCCUGAGCACCCUCGCUGCCUCGCACGACGAUAUGCCGCGCACACUGCUGAUUGCUUUGGUGAGGCUGGGCCAGGGAGACAAG